ACCUUUCCACAGCCUUUAUGAGCUGUUGUUUGAAUAUUAACCAUUGAGAUCGAAAGUUUACUGUUAUCUGAUAUGUAUGACUUUAAUGAAUGAGGUGGACAUUCACCCUACUCCACAGGAUAACCAGACAUUCAAUGGCCUAGAUGGCAGUGGAGUUUUCACAGAGAUGGACUCGUUCCUGGUGUCCACCCCUGUGCGUUCUGUAUGAGUACUAUUUUUGUGAAUAUUCAUAGGUCAGAUGCAUGACAAUUUGUCACAUAAAGAUAUAUUCUGUUUUUGAUAAAUAGUUUGUUCAUAUUGCAGCUCUUACCAUGGCCUCUCAAAACUCUCAGGGAGUUAGAGGAUCUGAAUGUGUCACAGGAAGCAGUGUCCCUCGAGCUGACGCUAUCUUCUUCUAAUCUCUAUACUUUAAAAUUAUACCUUUUUUUUUUUUUUACCUUUACAACGUUUACAAAUAUCACUGAUACUACUUUAGAGAAAGCAAUCGUAACGUUGCACUGUCGCUAAGUUUUAUUGGUUCUUACAAACAUCUGCGACUAGCUUGUAGCCCAUUAGCAUCACCUUACUGUUAGCCUUGUUUACAUUUCACAUUUAUCUCAUUUACCGCUGUUUUUUUUAAAGCAAAUAUGUCGAUUGUUUCUCUGCUUUUGAGUGCAGAUGAGGACUCGCUCGAGCUGCAAAUGGUGCUGCUGGAACUGGAGGAUGUGGAGAAACAGAGCCGUGACCUACUCGACAAGCAGGCCCAGCUGCUGGAGCGAAGAACCGCGCUGGAAACAUCUUGUGCUUCUGCCUACACAUCCAAGGUAAGCACGCAACGUGGUAUUACCACUCCCAGCCCCUCUAUGCCGUGUGUUUCUCUGUGCAGGGACCGUGCACCCAAGACUUUUCCAGCUGAGGUCUCCGUCACACCGGCUCCGACACACCACGGACCUUGGGUGCACCAGCAGCGAAAGGCGAGAGCCAUACCCUGGGCGAGGGCCUCUCCACCUCCAGUAUUCAAGAUCCCAACCAGGAACCGUUUCGCCCCUCUCCGUCAGACCAGAGCAAACGCUGUGAUCGUCGGGGACUCCAUUGUGCGAAACGUCCGCGUCGCUUCAACAAAGGGUUGUUUCGUCCUGAUGGUCUGCACCCCAGCAGCCUCGGAGCGGAACUGCUGUCAGACAACAUCUCCAAGGCACUACACACAAGGGGCUGCCUACCCAUGCUUACUUGAAGACAACGAGGCGGAGCAGCAUCGGAGAGACAGUUCGCUCCAUUCUCCAAAGAAUCGGGGAGAACAGCCUGUGGUGUAUGUUUUCGUUGAAAGGGUCAAAAGGUGGGAUGCUGACUUUGACUGAUCAUGAUGAAGUGUAUCGCCUUGUACACUAUAUUGCCGAACGAGCCCAUGGACGUGAAUAUACUGUUGCCAGUUGCAGAGAGGCCAUCGGCAGCUACCUAAAAAUGCCCCAGUCAGGAAAGGUGGCAAGAAACAUAAUAUGAGUGUUUAUGAUUAAGUCUAGAAUUUAAAUCUACAACUUCUGUGAUUCUUUUUCUUUUCUCAUUCAUACAAAUGUGCCAUUGUGUAACAUUGUUGACUGAUUCAUUAGUUUUUAUAUCCAUUUGACAAGCAAAAACCUUUCCACUAUGCAUAUAACUGAAAGUGCAUACAUAAUCCAAACCUUUUGUGAAUAUUGAUGAUUGAUUUGGAGGUUUCAAAUUAUGAGUGAAUUGUGGUUCACUUUCUUGCAUUCAGCAAUGUGUAGCUAAUGUCUGUAGUUUACUGAUUCCGAAGUAGUUGGUUUAGACUGCAUCAUAUAGUAUAUGUAUAUACCAAUGAAAUGAAAUGCCAUAUUUUUAGAUAUAUCCAC